GGGGAUACUCAGCUCGGUUCGUAACCUUUCUUCCGUGGCAUGAAACCUACACUAGCGCAGCGCACGAGGAGGGCGUAUGAGUCACAUAUUUCCCAUCAGCAGCAGUGGCAACAUUAGCAGCGCCAGUCGAUCGUCGUCUCUGCAGACAGCGGACUGUAUGUAUGUGGAGUUUUAGUUUCUCGACGGACUGCAGAAGAAAAAGAAAAACUACUACACAGUGUAUAGUGCAGUGAUUUCGGGGUGCCACCACCUGAUUACGACGACUUCGACAAGUUUGUAGAAUUGCAAUUGCAACGAUUAGUUAUCGAACAACGAGAAAAAGAAACCGUCCAUGGGACGGUCUGUGUACUACCGACCAGCCGAGAGCAGACCACAGGAGUAACCGAGAAAUGAGAAAAACGAAAACUGGUGUGAAUUUGGAACGUAGUGGAACUCACUAGAAAAUGGCUUCCACUUAUUAGAGUAGUGUACCGUGUGCUCGAAGCGAAGAAAAAUCGACGGAGAACAGUGAAGAAAAAGUGUGGUUUUUUCUCUGUCCAAAGAUCGAUUGGUGAAACGGUGUUCAGGCGUGAAAAAUAUGUGCUUUUCUGGUGAGGGCUACCGCUAGUCAUCAACGGAACCGUGCAAAAGUGCUGUUACGUACGUCGGAAAGAACAGGAAAAAAGCAAUUAUAAACCAACAAGGACUGUGACAAAACGCGAAAAUUUAGUGCAUUGUGUGGCGAAAUCGAACCCCCCUUGGUUCAAACGGGGGGCAAUAGUGCAAAAAUUUUCAAAUCGAUCGAGACGAUACCAGCAAAGGAAUAACCCAGAAAACUGCAGGAAAAAGAAGAAGAAGAAGAACACACAGGGAAAGAGGAAGAAAGGCAUCUCUCUCAUCGGUGUCUGGGUGGUGCUUUCCGAUGAGCGAUGGUGAACCGAUGUGAAAAAGUGGAGCUGCUGCUAGACAAGGUUGAUUCAUUUCCACUAGAUCAGCAAUCGAUCGAAAUUCCAGAGACCGAGUGCUCCGAUAGUUGCGAAAACGACGUCGACAUGGAUGAGUCGGACAGCUGCGACAACGAUGCCGACGACAAUGACGAUACCGAAGACGAUGACGAGGACGACGACGAUAUCCACAGUACGGUCGUGACGGGGAAGCUCCUGCUGGAGAACUACGACGACAUGGAUCACGACAGUGGUGGUGGCGGUAGCGGGGGUGGCGUCGGAAGUGGAGCCAGUCACGACAAGAAAGCCCGCCUCGAAGCCCUGCUUGAAGCUGCGGAUGAAGCAGCUCAAGCUCUCACCCGCAUGCGUUCCAGCGAAGGGGGUGGCAGUCCGCGAGACAAGAAAAAUGCUCUUCGUAAUUUCAGCUUGCUCUCGCGCUCGCUGCUCGCCGCCUGUACCGAUAACGAUGUCAACACCGUUCGGCGGCUACUGGGCGAGGGCAACUCGCUGAACGAGGCCACCGACGACGGAGACUCGCUACUGUCGUUGGCCUGUUCCGCCGGGUACUACGAACUGGCGCAGGUUCUGCUGGCCAUGUCAGCCCAAGUUGAGGAUCGAGGUCACAAGAACGACCUGACGCCGCUCAUGGAGACGGCCUCGGCUGGCCACGUGGACAUCAUAAAGUUGCUGCUGAAGCACGGUGCCGACGUGAACGCGCAGUCAUCGACCGGCAGUACGCCGCUGAUGUUUGCCUGUGCCGGGGGACAUGAGGAGGUGGUUAGGGUACUGCUCGACAACGGAGCCAACGUCGAGGAUCACAACGAGAACGGGCAUACGCCGCUUAUGGAGGCAGCCUCGGCCGGACACGUGGGAGUUGCAAAGAUCCUUCUGGAGCGUGGUGCCGGCAUCAAUACGCACUCGAACGAGUUCAAGGAAAGUGCACUGACGCUGGCCUGCUACAAGGGUCACCUGGACAUGGUCCGGUACCUUCUGGAGGCUGGUGCUGAUCAGGAGCAUAAAACUGAUGAAAUGCACACAGCGCUGAUGGAAGCGUCGAUGGACGGUCACGUGGAGGUAGCCCGGCUGCUGCUGGACUCAGGCGCGCAGGUUAACAUGCCCAAGGAUUCGUUUGAGUCACCGCUGACGCUGGCGGCUUGCGGUGGCCAUGUGGAUCUGGCGAUGCUACUGAUCGAACGGGGCGCCAACAUCGAGGAGGUCAACGAUGAAGGAUACACACCGUUGAUGGAAGCGGCGAGGGAGGGUCAUGAGGAAAUGGUAGCAUUACUAUUACAACAAGGUGCGAAUAUUAAUGCUCAAACUGAGGAAACUCAGGAAACUGCCCUGACGCUUGCAUGCUGUGGAGGCUUCGUGGAGGUCGCUGACUAUUUGAUCAAACAUGGAGCCGACAUUGAACUCGGUGCGUCUACACCGUUGAUGGAAGCUGCUCAGGAGGGUCACAUCGACCUGGUACGCUUUCUGUUGGAGAACCGAGCCGAUGUGCAUGCGCAAACGCAGACCGGAGAUACGGCAUUGACUUAUGCUUGUGAGAAUGGUCACACGGAAGUAGCGGAUAUUUUGCUCUACUACGGAGCAGAGCUAGAACACGAAUCGGAAGGAGGCCGAACGCCUCUGAUGAAAGCGUGCCGUGCUGGACAUUGGUGUAUUGUCAAGUUCCUUAUCGAGAAGGAAGCAGACGUAAAUCGGCACACAACUAACAACGAUCACACUCCGCUGUCCUUGGCAUGUGCAGGUGGUCACCAAACCAUCGUGGAACUACUUCUCAAGAAUCAUGCUGAUCCGUUCCAUAAGCUGAAGGACAACAGCACGAUGCUGAUUGAGGCCGCCAAAGGAGGUCACAUUGGAGUCGUCCAGCUUUUGUUAGAUUUCCCUCAUUCGUUGAUCAGCGCCAACAAUGCUGCCCAGCAAAAUCUCCUAAACAACGGUCAAAUACAACUUCAAGCUCAACAGCAGCUUCAGCAACAGCAGCAGCAAGCAGUCCAGCAACAGCAGUUGAUCAUCACCCAGAGUCAACAGCAGCAGCAACUGCUUGCGGCGCCUCCAGGUCUACAUGAGGUUCCGGAAUCGAUCCGUGUUUCCAACAAGCAACUGUUCCAGCAGCACCCAUCCAAAGAAGGUCUUGAUCAGCAACAGCAACUGCUUGCCAACAACCAGAUGCUAGCCAAUUCGAACGUAUUCCUCGACGGUAACAUUGCUUCUACCGACCCCUCAAUUCUCCACCAGAUGCGAAUGAUUCAAAUGCAAGGCUUCAAAGACGGUCUAGCGCAGGGUCUUUCGCGAACCCCUGGUCAACAACAACAGCAGCAGCAACAGCAACAGACUAUCCUCUCGCAGCAAAUCCCAUCCCACUUAGCGGCUGCCCAUCAGCAGCAACAACACCAGCAAAUUAUCCUUCAAGGAACCAACAAUGCCACCGUUGUCACUCAACAGCAGCAAACCGCUGGUGUCGCGGGUGUUCCAGUAGGUAACAAGCAACAGCGGAGCUUGCUGAGGAAGAAGCAACAGCCGACAUCCACUGCGACGGCGGCAACCGUUUCCCAACCUCAGCAACCAUCUCCGUUCGAAGCGAACCUUACCAGCUCGGAAGCGCAGCAAGUGCGAAGCGAACCCAUUGGCGAGGACAACGGCGGUGGCGGCCAGCAGCAACAACGGGCAAGCGUGGUAAUGCGGUCCGAUUACGAGGCGCAGUACCAGAAGCAGAUGCGAGAAAUGUACCAGAAGUCACAAAAAGCCAAUAUUCAAUUCAUCAGCGACGCGAAUGGUCCACCCCCAACGCUGUUACCCUCCACUGGAACCUACAUCGAUAUCAUCACCCCGGCUCAAGGAGCAAAGACGUCCGAUAGUGGUCUAGUAAUAGCUUCAUCAUUGCCAACCGCACUACAGCAACAGCAGUUGCAACUAACAACGACAAUAGCAGCGUCAGCGGCUUCCUCAAGCACGAUGGUUCCUUCAGGCGCCGUAACGGCACCAGCAGCAACAACAAUGGCGAACACCGCUUCGUCCGGAAGUGGAACUCUACUGAUCGGACCGUCGGAGGUUUCCCAGAGCACGGCUAUCAGCGAUCGACCCAAGGUGAAGCCAGUCUCGAAAAAGGAUGCCAAAAAUAAUCGAAAGUCUGCGGCCGCAGCGGCAGCAGCUGCCGCCGCCAAUGUCGCAGCGCAACAGCAACAACAAGCCCAGAAAUCGAUUUGGCCAAAUACGGCGAACGCUCUGCAGCAGAAUCAAAUGGUGUCAAUUUAUAACAACUUGUCUGUGAUUCCAACCUCCGAAGUUCAAGUGCUUCAGCACUCACUGUCGAACCUUAGCCUCCAGUCACCGGCAGCACCGGCUACGGUAGGUCCAGCGAGUGGCUCUGUAGCAGGAGGUGUCCAACAGCAGCAGCAGCAGCAAUUAACCAUUUCAGUGUCACAGGGAAGCACCAACAGCACCCAGCAGCCAAUGAUGGCCGGCAACCGGAUCAGCCUUGGCUCGACAACAUCAGCGUCGAUUCCUUUAAGUAACAACAUUGUUCCUACUCCCAGUAUGGUGAUUACCAGUGGAACGGUCACCUCGGUGCCAGCGAAUGUAAUUCAAACCCGAAAUAAUCUAAUCCGGCUCGAUCAGCACGCCCUAGAACUAGCAAAUUCCGCUUCGCCGUUUGCAACCGCUACAAGCACCGCAACCAGCAGCGCCGCAAGCAGUCAGAGUGGCGGAACCAGCUCUGGAGGCGGAAGCAGCAGUAGCAGCGCCAGCGGCAGUAGCAGCAGCGGAAGCAGCAGUAGCAGCUCUAGUUCAAGUGGAAGUGGUAGCACCACGACCACUACUAGCAGCAAUAACAGCGGUGGUACGGCCGCCAGUGGAACUGGCGCCGAGUGUGGAGCAAGUGGCAGUGCUGCUGGUGGAGGUGCCAGCUGCAGCGAUAACAGCUCCGAACAUGAAAACCAACUCAACCAACUCGCCCUCAACACCUUAUGCAAUCAGAAAAUGUUGCAGAAAAUUGCCCAACGCUUCAUGGUGGACCCGAAGUCUCCGCCGGAUACACCUCCGCUUAGCUGCGCUAAUCCGGACGGACCAUCUUCGCCACCGCCCAGUGGUAAAGGACUAGCAAACAAUGCCGAACUCGACGACUUGUCGCGAAUCUUUAGCGAAGUUAUGCACGACUUCCGUUCCGAUCUGCUACCCACGCCGGAAUUUGUCCAAGUGCAUCAACAUGUGUCCAACAUAAUCCAGCACAAAGCUGGCAGUAAUCAAAUCAAAAUCAGCGAAAGUGACAGCCACCACCAGUAUGUGGAGGACAAUGACGACCACCUGCAGAUGUUCAACAUCGACGAUUCGGAGAACGAAACCAUGUCCGAGUGCGUUGGCGGAAUCUACCCCACGUUGGAUGAAUCGUUGGAGACGUUUAAUCCUGAAGACGGAUCGGUGGUUGCCGCCGACGGUUCGAGGGAGACGAUCUACAACUACGAGUGGGUCGAGUGCAUCGACGAGGUGAUCCAUGCUCUCAACGGCUGCACUGACAUACCGGUCGCGCUGCAGGAAAUGGCGGCAAACUUAAGCUGCCAGGACAUCGAUGCGUACGCCAACCUGAUCGGAAUGAACUCGUUCUGUAAGAAUCGCUGGGCCAGCAAUCAAAGUCAGCUGACACCGUCUGGCACGUCUUCCCCGAUCGAGGACGACGGCAGCACCAUCAACCUGGCGCAGGCGACCGCAGAGCAGUGCGCUUUCCGGCAGGGUAUCGCCGUUGGACAAGCGGUCGCCGGUCAGGUAAUGGCGUUCGAUCCUAACCAGCAGAUUUCGCUCGACCAGCUGCAGUUACUCAGCCAGUUGCAGGCGUCCAAUACUGCUUCGGGAACUACGGCCCUGCAUCACGCGGUUACGGCGGGAGGAGCACCAGAUGCACCCGGGACCACCACGGCCGAUGACAUGCAGCCAAAGUUCGUAUUCAAUGUGGACGCAGACAAGGCAUCCCAGGUGCAUCUGCUGUUUCAAAUGCCUGCCGGGCAACAACAGCAGCAGCAGGAGCUUUCAUUCGAUCCGCAUAUAUACGCCAAAGGUUUCGCUGCCGGUUUACAGCUACGGCGGGAAGAAGAAGCAGAGCAGGCACAGUUGCAACAGCAAGCGGCCAGCGCAGCCGCAGCGGCACAACAACAAUUCCAGACGCCAAAUCUCGUACACCCCAACUCUGUAAUUCUGGCGCAGCAACAGCAGGCUCAGUCUGCGCAACAGUUGCAGCAAUUGCAUGCCCAGGCCCAGGCAGCACAUUGCACGCAGCAUGCGCAGGUUCAGGUUGCAACGCAAACACAACAACCCCAAACCGGGGGUUUGCUAAUUCCGCGCCAACAAAGCCCUCAAACUGUGGACAGUGCAACGUCCACCAAGAAGAAGAGCGACAAAUCACGAAAAGAGAAGAACCGAAUUGCUGGAGUACGCCAAGCGCCAGCUGGCCAACAAAGUGUUGCUGCCGGGGGAUAUCAAUUUGAAGCAAGUCCAACGCCGGCGGCGAUCCAAUACCCAGCAGGAGUACCAACGAAUGCGGUCCAAGAACGUCAAAUUGAUGUGGAUUCGGAAACUGAUUCCAACCACGACACUGCCCUUACUCUCGCUUGUGCCGGCGGUCAUGAAGAACUGGUCGAGCUUCUGAUCAGUCGAGGCGCCAACAUUGAACACAAGGACAAAAAGGGAUUCACCCCAUUGAUCCUGGCCGCAACGGCUGGUCACGAGAAAGUAGUAGAAACGCUGCUUCGACAUGGCGCCGAAAUGGAAGCACAGUCGGAACGUACGAAAGAUACGCCCCUAUCCCUUGCUUGCUCCGGUGGACGAUAUGAGGUAGUGGAAUUACUUCUCAAUAUGAACGCCAAUCGAGAGCACCGUAAUGUGUCCGAUUAUACCCCGCUGAGUCUGGCCGCUAGCGGAGGCUACGUCAAUAUAAUAAAACUGCUGUUAAGUCACGGGGCAGAAAUUAAUUCUCGAACUGGAAGCAAACUAGGAAUUUCGCCCCUCAUGUUAGCGGCAAUGAACGGCCAUACGGCAGCGGUAAAACUGCUCCUGGACAUGGGAUCCGACAUCAAUGCACAAAUCGAAACGAACCGGAAUACGGCCCUUACGUUGGCCUGCUUCCAGGGACGUCACGAGGUUGUCAGUUUGUUGCUCGACCGCAAAGCGAACGUUGAGCAUCGGGCUAAAACCGGACUGACCCCGCUAAUGGAAGCCGCUUCCGGUGGGUACAUUGAAGUGGGUCGUGUUCUCUUGGACAAAGGGGCAGACGUGAAUGCCGCUCCGGUUCCUUCUUCGCGUGACACGGCGCUCACGAUUGCCGCCGACAAGGGUCACCUGAAGUUUGUUGAAUUAUUACUGUCGCGUGGUGCGGCCGUGGAGGUGAAGAAUAAAAAAGGUAAUUCGCCUCUUUGGUUGGCGGCAAAUGGUGGCCACCAGAACGUGGUGGAAGUACUUUGCAAUGCCGGAGCGGAUAUUGACUCGCAGGAUAACCGAAAGGUGUCCUGUCUGAUGGCUGCUUUCCGCAAAGGUCACACCAAGGUGGUCAAAUGGAUGGUCAAUCACGUGACUCAAUUCCCCUCGGAUCAGGAAAUGACGCGCUACAUCAACACGAUAAGCGACAAGGAACUGCUGGAGAAGUGUCAUGACUGUGUGAAGGUGAUCCGUGCCGCCAAAGAACAGCAAGCUAUCAAGGCGAGCCACAACGCUUCAAUUCUGUUGCAAGAGCUCGAACUGGAACACACUCGAGAGGAAAGCCGCAAAGCAGCGGCAGCCAAACGUCGAGAGCGAAAAAAGCGCAGGAAGGCCGAAAAGCGCGAACAACAGCGCAAGCUAGUCGAGGGUGACAAGCAACCGGGCGGAAACAGUGAUAACGAAGACGAUAACGACGAUGACAAAGAUGAUGAUGACAAUGACAGCGAUCGAGAUGAUGAAGAACUCAUCACGACCAUGGCACAUCAAGCAUCGAAUCGUGCUUCUGCUAACAGCAGAACGCAGCCUCGUCAGCAGCAUCAUCAAACACCCGCAACAUCAACCGCCAAUACCGCCAACAAUGCCGCCGUCAACUCUAACAGCAAUGACAAGGAGGAAGGCGAUUCCGGCAUUGAUGCCAACAGUCAGGGCUCCUGCUCCAGUUCAGACGUCAAAUCAUCUGCACUGAUCGAACAGCAAAAACGCAACAACAAGAAACGCAAACAGCAGCUUCAACAGCAGCAGCAACAGCAACAAGCACGAAUAAAUAUAAUCAAACAACAUCAGCAGCAGCUGCACCAACAGCAACAGCAGCAGUAUGCCAGUAACCAGCAAAACCGACAAAGUAAGAGUCCAGAGACAAGCAACAGCAGUUCUGUGGUUCAGGAUAAAAACCAACAGAUACAAAUGGAGAAAGAAAAAUUAGUUUCUGCCCAGCAGCAACAACAACAACAACUGCAACGUCGCCAACAAAUGCAGCAACAGCAGCAGAUGCACUACGAAAACAAACGUGAGAAAACCGUCGAAAAAGAAAAUGUGGCCCCGAAAGAAGCUGUCACUGCCAAGGUCGAACCGAAAAAGGAUCACCACCACCAUCAUCCGCAGCAACAACAGCAACAGUCACAAUCGAACCAUAGUCAACAACAAGGAAACCGUAAGUCCAUUAUCGUAUUCGGUAAUCGGCAUGCCGUAGCUGCCGAAAAGGAAGAACAUGACACCAGCGAAUCGACGACCUUCUACAGCCAACUGAAGAAGGCCCACGCGAACAGCAAAACUACGUACUAUCACAGCGAAGAUCAGCAGAAUCAGAAAUCCACCAGCCCUACCAAGCAGACGAGUAGCGGCGCUCAGCAGCACCAACAGCCGGGUAUGAUGUUACCCAACAGCGUGGUAUCGGCGGCGAAACGUGAAGAAGGUUGGAAAGAGGUCGUCCGCAAGAGCUCCGUUCAACAGAGCCAAUCGGCGUCGGUCAUGGAGUGCAAAAAAGUUCAAGUUCCGGUGCAUGCAAUUUCCCGCGUAAUCGGUCGCGCCGGAACCAACAUCAAUGCGAUCAGAGCCGCUACCGGUGCGCACAUCGAGGUCGAAAAGCAAGGCAAAGUGCAGGGAGAUCGAUCCAUCACAAUUAAGGGCUCGCUGGAUGCCACAAAGCAAGCUCACGCGCUGAUCGCCACUCUAAUCAAAGAUCCGGAUGUGGACAUUCUGCAAAUGCUUUCGAAACAUAACACUGCCACAACUACCACCAGCAAAACCAUUUCUUCCUCUUCCGCUUCUUCAACGUCAUCUUCAUCGUCCUCGGUGUUGGCAACGGUGUCUUUUCCCGUCACAGCCAGCAUCAUCCCGACAGGAUCCACCGCUCCUACGCUAUCUUCAGUUGUCGCUUCCGGUGGUGUGGGACCACUGGUAAGUUCUUCCGGAACUCCUAAAGGAAAGAACAUUUUCGCCACCUCCAAUCAGAACAAGCCAGUCACCGCUUCCGCUGUGUUGGCUGCGGCCACAGGAAAGUCCGUAACAGGUGGAAUGCCUGCCCGACCGCCAGCGGCAAAGAAUCUAUUUUCCGGAAACACCGGAAAUGCUUCCCAAAUGUCGAGGAUUAUAUCUUCCAACACCUCAGCCGCUUCGACGCUGGUUGGACUCAGCAAAGAUGGGAAGCGAUUAACCUCUCUUCCACCCAGCAAUGCUUCCUCUUCAAAAGCAUCGUACACCAACAUAAUGCAAUCGUUGAAAAACACUAUGAAGAAUUCGUCCGGAACUGUAGCCGGCACCGGCGGUAACACUGGUGGAACCUUCGCAAAGUUAGUUGCCGAUAGUACUCUUGGCAUGAAUCUUGCCACAUCGAAUGCUAUGAACAACCAGAAGAAAUUAAUUCAAGCAGUCACGCCAGGUUCUUUGAUGAAUCUAAAUCAAGCACCAGCAUCCAGCAGCAGCUGUCCAACGAGUGGCGUUUCUGGUUCGUCUAUAACGGCAAGCGCACCGACCACCAUACGUCCAGUGCAAAUUCAACAAUCCCCAGCCAAAGGACUGCCUGCUCCGUUCGGAACCUCGUCGUCUAUUCCUACUAGUACUAACAACAGCGGCAGUGCAAUGACAAGCAUUGCCAGCACCACCUCCAUUUUAUCUUCAACAGCGGCUCCAUCGUCGACUAGCCAGAUCGUUGUUGCUGCCACCCCAGUAACUGCAGCAAUGCCGUCACAGCAACUUCCAGCCCAGAUCCAGGCUCCAACUAAGUCAACUUCCAGUUUCAUGCCGCCGACAGUCGCCCCGACUUCUUCCGUGAGCAACACAAUACCCACUACCAGCAGCAACUGCAAAAUUGCCCCUGUUGGAACCGGCUCCGGUCGAUCCAUCACCCCUAUCGGACAGCCACCGGCUCGUACCAACAUAACUCCUUCACCGUUGCUCCAGCCGUUGGUGGCGUCAUCUUCGUCGCCAUCAUCCCAUUUGGAUUCGGUGAUAGUUCCGGGUAUUAGAGUCAAUGCCACUUCCACCAGUCCCAUCGGAAGUGGUUUGACGACAGUAGGAUCCUCAUCAGCAGCCGCGGCCGCCUCUGCCAUCGCCCAGCUGCAAUCGAAAAUCAACAACAAUCUGCAUGCAAAUGCGCAGGCGCAUGAGUAUUCAUUGUUCAACGAUUCGUAUGGCAGCAGCCAGUGGGGCACUAACACCAGCACAGGGGCUGGUCCCGGUAGUAAUGCUGUUGGAACCGUUCAUGGUCCCCACCAUCCGCAACAGCACCAUCACCAGCAUCCACAUGGAGGCCAUCAUGGUGGUGGCCACCACCACCCUGGCAGUCAUCACGGAGUACUUGGUUCGACAGGUGCUGGUGCUGGCGUGUUGGAUACCGCUCCCGGUGGAAGCAAAACCAUUUACGGCAAUCCGCACAGCGCCGGUUCGUCGUUCAUCGAGAAUGAACCUCCACUGCAGGUUGACGCUUCCAAAGCUCCAGGCUAUCGUGGGACAACAGUGUCCUCCCCGGUCAGUUCGAAAACCUCCAGCAAUUCUGUAACACCACCAUCCGGUUCGUCAUCCGUAUCGCAGCAGCAACACCACCAACAGCAAUCGCAUUUGCUCUCUGGAGGAUCGUCCGCCGUCGGUGGUCCACCGAACAGUAAUACAGGUUCAUCACUUCAACAGCAACAGCAGCAAAUGGUGGCUGCCCAGCAGCAGCAUCAGCAAUCUCAACCGGGUCCCUUCCCCUCACCGAACGAGCAGAACGUAAUCAAGCCUCCCCAGCCGCAGCAAACUCCUCCCAGUGGGCUCGCCGUUCAGCGCCCCAUACUAAACACCUCGUCGCAAAUCCGACCCAUCGGACCCGUUUCCUCGGACUAUGGCGGACUGGUCAAUUCGCGGGAUCACCCUCCACCACUUGUGGGAAGCUCUCGACCCCCACCAUCGAUGUACGAUGCUCUUCAACAACAAAACCAGCAUGUACUCAAUUUCGCCCCUGAUCCAAUGCAAUCUUCUUUCCAAAGCCACAUGGGUCUUGGAUCGGGAGCCGGUGGUCUACAGAUGUCCCGUCUGAAUCCUAAAGCAUCCGCAUUCUCGGCGAUUCCUCCCUCUCACAGCCAUCAAUCUUCGGCACCUGGAAGCAAGCUCUCCUCUUCGAAUCAAUUCGGUAACAUGUUCCACCCGAAUCAACCUUCUGGUCCCAUAGGAAAGUAUCAAAAUCUGCCUCCGAAUGGCGGAGGCCCUCAGCUGGCUCCUUAUGGACCUGGGCGUGGCAAUGCUCAGUCCCACGGUCAACAUGGACCUGCCCCGGGUCCUCCUGGACCGCCCGGCAGCAAUCGAGUCGGUAGUGGAACAAGCUGGUUCUCGGAUUUAGCCCAUCUGCAGGCCCGCGAUAACCUCAUGAAUAUGGAGAAUGGUCUUGCAAUGGCACUCGGAGGGUCUCCUACCAUUUCACCGAACAACAAUCAACCGACAACGAAUGGCGGAGGGCUUGUAGGGGGACCACCGGUUGGAGGACUACCACCGCCACCCGAUGAUGGUCGUAAAAUGGCACGUGCCAUCGGUUCCGAACGUGCCAGCUGGAAGUUUAAUUACGGUUCUAGCGGCGGGAUCGGUGGCAUGGAUAACGACGCUUUGUCCGCGGCUGCCGCUGCAGUGGUCGCUGCCGGAACCGGUCACUGGAUGGUGGAUAAGAACCUGACCGCCAUGGCCAGUACUGGCGGCGGACCCCAGCAGUGGAUGGGCCCUCCACCGAGACACUUUAUGGAGGACCUGCACCUGCCCGAUCAUUUUCCGAUGGAGUACCACAAUCCCCUGGGUGGCACUGGCGGAGGUAGCGGGCCGAACCAGCCCAACAUGAAUUUUAUGCAAUCGUUGCAGUAUCAGUUCAUGCCGGGUGGGCCGAACGAUAUGGGCGUCAACGAUGGGCCGCUGCAGCAACCGUGGGAGCAUGAGAAGCAUGGCUGGCCUACCAAGUGGAGUGGACACUAGGAGAAAACAACCGAUCGUGAAUGUUCUUCUGCGUUACUAAUGUUUCGAAUUGGCUUGAUGAACAACAAAACCAUCAUAGUGCAGAUUAGAUGCAGCUUAUCAUUUUGAUAGUAACCAUCUGUCCCCCCACCCCACAUACAAAAAAAAGUAAACAAACACUCUCACACAUACAUACACAACCUUUCUAUGUAUACUAGAAAACAAAAUCACAUGAAUAGUUCGCGCUUAGUGAAAGAUACAUCGCUUUGAUUAGUGAGCGACACCACAGCUGCUAUUUUGUUCGGUAGGCAUAAGAGCGAUGAUAAGAGCUAGAGAACAGUCAGUGUUGGACACGAGAAAAGGAAAGGAAGAAAGUGAACUUUCUUGAUUUGCUGCCUUUUGUAUACUAUUCAACUAUAUAAACGCCUUUCGUUUAGUUUAUGAUUAGAUUUAUUUUUUUUUUGUUUCGGAGAAAUUUGGAUAAACAGUUUGUCGCAUAGAAAUUACGUUGUUUUUCGUUGCUGAAAUAUAAAGCCGCGCGCUGGUAGAGGAAUGUUCUCUGGACAGUCUUUCAAUUUUAAAUCCGUUCGUGUUCUAUUUUGUUUCGGCCUGCAGAUGGAUUUUUAUAAUCUACCCUGGAGACGAUGGUUCUAUUGUGGCAAACAAAUUGUUCUUGGGUGUAGACAUUAUUUGCUUACCUUUGGAUAUGCAAUUGAUUUGUCCUUGAAACGCAAAUGAUUGUUGUAACAAAAGUAACGGAAAUCAGAAAGCAAUAAAAAAAAACACUAGAAACAGAUCGAUAUGAACGAAUUGGCAUCUUUCAGUUGAAUACAUGUUCGAUACACAUAACCUACUAGCGCCAUCUACUUAAACGGUACACUCCCAGGUAUAAUUGAAAGUUUUAUCACGGUUUUACUUGGAUAAAACCUAAAUCCUACUUGGGCCCACACUCUGAUACAACUAAGAUGCAUUGAUAAAACGGAAUAAAGUAAAUGACAAAAAGAUAUAGUAGCAAAAGUUACUCUAACCCAAAAUUAACGUAUUUCUAAAACAAAAUACAACACGUAUGAGCAUAUGAAAAAAAACUACUUACAUUUACUCCGACAUGUUCUCAUUAAAAUGGUCAUAGACGGAAUAUGCUGUUUAUUCAGCGCACGUUACACGGAAUCCUUUAAACCAUUGUAGGUCAUUGAACGAGUGAAUAACGACUCAAAACAUAUUACACUUAAAAGAAAUCAUUUUCUGAUUAUUUAAAGCUCAUGUGGUCCUUUUCCACUCAUUUGUUUAAAUUUAUUCCUAAUAUUGGAAAUCAUUUUGGUGAGAUUAUUGAUUAAAAAAAAUUCAAAAUUAAGUUUUUCCUCCAUGAUGAAUUUGUUUUUUUAUACAUGACCUACAAUCGGAUAUUCCGCAAUUUAUUUAACCUUCAGUUUUAUUAUUUGUUAUACAUUCAAAUCUACGGACUGGAAAUCUCACUUCUUUAUAAAUGGUUUGUGCUUGACAACUCCCUGCUGCGCGCCUGAUAAUGCAACUUAAUAAAAAAAAUGAACAAAACCCGCGAAAUCUGUUUCUCCUAACAAUCUUAACCAAUAUUACAAGCUGCUAAUCACAAAAAUGGUAAAACUAUGACAUAACGUUUAAAUCAAAUAAUGGAAAACAAUGAUAACAAAACAGCAAAAAAUUGAAAUAUCUCGCCUAAAACAUUGGUGUGUGUGUACUCUUAGGAUUUUUCACAUUCUCCUAUUGAUAAACUGCUUGGUGAUCGUUAUUUGACCGGGGCAAACGCGGAAUCCUUAUAUACGAAUUGGAACGGCGGCGAUGAGACGCGGAUACGAAGAGAAUUAGUGCUAAUCUAACUUACUCUCCCAUAUUGAAAUGAAUCAAAUAGAGAAAAAAAAGAUAAACACGCGAGAAGCUGGUAGCGGAUUAAAUUGGGCUUUAGUAUAAUAAAAUAAGAAAUAUAUCGCAGAAGAAACGCAAAAAUUGCAGUAGAACAAACAAUAGAAUGGCAGUAAAAUGGUUCUAUAACUACAACAAAUGCGCUAGGUUUUAUCCCUGUAAUCGCUAUAACCACAUUCUUUGUUUCCUUUCGUGCGAAUCCAGCAGUAGUAGGAUAAGUGCUGACGAUGAUUAUUUUCCGACCUCCAGUUGGCUUGGGUUGGACAAUUGAGCAAAUAAAAAAAACGGUGUAGGGACAUGACGAUAACGCAAAGCCGAAAUCGAUUAAACAUCUAUCCUAGCACGCACUGCGGUUAGUGUGCCACCGUGCGCCUGGCCCAAGUUCGAACGGUGGGUGAACUCAAUGGGCCUGAGCCGAUCCUGUGCUCAGUAGAACGGAGGGCCGUUGCGCACCCGCCACAUUAGCCAUCGAGCGUCGCCAGGAGAAAAUAUAAACAAUGGAUCCCUUGUCGCUUCGAAAUUUUGACUACAACGCGCGUUGUGUGCAUGCAUUGAUUCGAAACAGGAAUACCACUAGUAAUUGUAGUCGUUAUCGAUGAAGAUAUAAAACAUGAAACUUUUUUUGCAUGCAUAACAAACAUGAUGAUGACUUGACUCAUGAUACAAUGCAGUAAAUAUUGAAAGAAAAAAAUCUUGAUAGUUACAAUAAAAAACAACAAGUAAUGGAAGUAUGAUAACAAUUGCAUUAGCGUAUGAUUAAAAAUAUAUAUGAUGAUGAAAACAGAAAAAAUAUGACGAAAAAAAAACAUUAAAACAUGAUGCAAAAAGAAAAACAUUUACUGAUUAUUAACUAAUUAAUGAUUAUUAUUAUUAUAUAUUAUUAUUAUUCUAUAAAUUAUAUAUUAUAUUUGGAAAGUAACCAUAUAAAAAAUGAAAAGGAAAAAUAUAAGUAAUGACAGAACAAAUAACCUGCAAUGGAA